AUGGGCGGUGUAGGUGGACAAGAAGGUUGGCGUUGGAUAUUCUAUCUUGAAGGCAUUGCCACAGUGGUUGUUGGAGCAUUGGCCUUCUUCUUUAUUAACGAUUUUCCUUCUGAUCGGCCAAAAUUUCUCAAAGAAUCUGAAUACAAGCGUGUCAUGGAUCGACUGCAAACCGAUGCAGGAGCUGGAGCUAGCGAGCACUUCAGCUGGAAACAAGUCUUGGCCGCUUUAUCAACAUGGAAAGUCUAUGCUUGGUCCUUGUGCUAUAUCGGCGUACUUAUUCCUUUCUAUUCACUGUCCUUUUUCUCGCCAACCAUCAUUAAGAAUCUUGGUUUCGUCACUUAUCAGGCUCAACUUCUCAGUGCACCGCCUUAUGUAUUGGCUUUUUUUACUACGAUGAUCACGGCCUAUGUGUCUGAUAAAUAUGCUCAUCGUAGUAUGUUCAUCAUUUUCUGGCUCGUCAUCAGCAUAGUUGGCUAUACUAUUCUGAUAACACUUGACAACUUAGUUGUCAACUAUCUUGCUGUGGUUCUUGCAACUGGCGGUCUCUCCCCAUGCAUAGCCACUUGUAUCGCUUUUAUAUCUGGCAAUAUCAGUCCACAAACUAAACGAGCAACAGCCGUGGCGUUUAUGAUCUCAGUAGGCAACAUUGGUGGGGUGAUCAGCGGACAACUCUAUCGUGCACAAGAUGCACCGCGCUUUAUCCUAGGUCAUACCAUCAAUCUGGGUUUUUGUGCACUCGGUUUAGUCAGUGUUGUAAUCCUUCUGUUUGGUCUCCGAGCAGAAAAUCGACGACGUGAUCGUCUGUAUGGACCUAUACAAUCAUCAACUGCGUUUGUAGGUACAGAGACAAUGUCAUAUGGGACAGAGAUCCAACGCCCCGAUACAUUCAAUAUAGGCAGUGAAGAAGACAGACGACGAUGGGGCUAUGAAAACAUGUCUGAGAAGGAGAUUCUUGAUUUGGGAGAUCAGCAUGCUGCUUGGCGAUAUAUUCUCUAG